GCCUGGCUGAAUGAGAAGUUUGCCCCAGAGCUGCUGGAGAGCAAACCUGAGAUCGUUGAGUGUGUUGUGGAGCAGCUGGACCACAUGGAGGCAAACCUGAAACGGGCGAAGAAAGGAGACUUGAAGGUCAGCGUUCACCGCAUGGAGAUUGAAAGGAUCCGUUAUGUGCUCAGCAGCUACUUGCGAUGUAGGCUUGUGAAGAUAGAGAAGUUUUUCCCUCAUGUCCUGGAGAAGGAGAAAUCUCGAGCUGAAGGGGAGCCUUCCAUUCUGUCACCAGAGGAGUUUGCCUUUGCUAAAGAGUACAUGGCAAACACAGAGACUUAUCUGAAAAACGUGGCCCUAAAACACAUGCCACCCAACCUGCAGAAAGUGUCUCUCCUGAAAUCAGUUCCGAAGCCCAACCUGGAUGCCUUUGUGUUCCUGAGGGUGUUGGAGCGGCAGGAGAACAUCCUGGUCGAGCCAGAGACGGAUGAGCAGAGAGAGUACACCAUUGACCUGGAGGAGGGCUCGCAGCACCUCAUCCGCUACAAGACCAUCGCUCCGCUAGUGGCCUCGGGAGCAGUGCAGCUCAUCUGAGGGGCAAGCGGUAA